CUAUCUCUCUACUCCUCAGCUCACCCCAUCAGUUUCCACACGUAUCACUGUCUAUCCAAAACUGAGCUCAUAAUAUUUCCUCCCCCACAUGCCUCUUCCCCUGAUUUCUCAGUCAGGAUCAAUGGCACAACUAUCAACCCGUCCCUGCCAAUCAUUUAGUGCCUGCUACUCCUCUCUGCCAAUCCCUCCACUGGCUUCCACUCAGUGUCCUCCACCUCUCUCUGCCAAUCUCUCCACUGGCCUCCAUUCAGUGUCCUCCACCCCUCACUGCCAAUCCCUCCUCUGGCUUCCACUCAGUGUCCUCCACCCCUCUCUGCCAAUCCCUCCACUCAGUGUCCUCCACCCCUCUCUGCCAAUCCCUCCACUCAGUGUCCUCCACCCCUCUCUGCCAAUCCCUCCACUGGCCUCCACUCAGUGUCCUCCACCCCUCUCUGCCAAUCCCUCCACUGGCUUCCACUCAGUGUCCUCCACCCCUCUCUGCCAAGCCCUCCACUGGCUUCCACUCAGUGUUCUCCACCCCUCUCUGCCAAUACCUCCACUGGCUUCCACU